CUAACCUUAAUAGCGUAUAAAUUCAGGCAUGGUCGAAGGGGAUUUCGGUUUCGAAUAAAUCGUGGUGUCGUGGUGCAAGAAAACCGCAUGGGACUACAUGAAACGUAUGAUGAACGCAUGAAGGUACAGGACGCAUUUACUUUCACGCCGAAUGCAGCUGUUUAAGCGCAGUCUAUAUCACAUUGCACGUGGAGUAGCAGCGCAUGUGUCUAGCAAUCUUCAACUCGCCAAUUUAUCUAAAAGCAUUACAACUAAAUCGUCCGUCCUGCACGAUUUUAGCCGGUGGGGCACAAGAAAGGCAAAUAGAAAAGUGAAAAUUGCUCUCACAUUUGAUAUAAUGGAUUCUAAAAUCGAGGAAACUCUUGCACCACUUCGUGCAAGAGUUAAAGAACAGGGUGAUUAUGUACGAAAACUGAAAUCUGAUGGUGCUCCAGAGUUAGAUAUAAAAAAGGCUGUUGCUGAAUUAAAACUACGUAAAAAGGUACUGGAAGAUAAAGAACUAUCACUUGCUUCUAACAAUGUAACAUUUGACAGAGCAAGAAUGGAAGAUCUCUUGAAACGUAGAUUCUUCCUGGAUCAAUCUUUUGCGAUUUACGGCGGUAUUACUGGUCAAUAUGAUUUUGGACCCAUGGGUUGUUCGUUAAAGACAAACUUGAUACAAGCCUGGAGAAACUUCUUUGUGUUGGCGGAACAGAUGCUGGAAGUUGAUUGCUCUAUUUUGACCCCAGAGGCGGUGCUCAAGGCGUCUGGCCACGUAGAACGGUUUGCUGAUUUAAUGGUAAAGGAUGUGAAGACCGGUGAAUGCUUUCGGCUGGAUCAUUUGAUUAAGGCACAUUUAGAAAAAGUAAUUUGUGACAAGAAAACGAACGAAAAAACGCGUGAGGAGUGUAGAGAUAUUAUCAUCAAGCUGGAUGGUAUGACAAAGGACGAGAUGAACGCAGUUCUGUUGAAAUAUAAUAUGAAAUCGCCUGUUUCUGGUAACGACUUGACGGAACCAAUAGAAUUCAAUUUGAUGUUCGGCACACAGAUCGGCCCAUCGGGGCUUAUAAAAGGUUUUUUGAGACCUGAAACAGCUCAAGGUAUCUUCGUGAAUUUCAAAAGAUUACUGGCAUUUAAUCAGGAGCGAUUGCCAUUUGCUGCUGCACAAAUUGGCAACGCUUUCAGGAAUGAGAUCUCGCCACGAUCCGGGCUCAUACGUGUCCGGGAGUUCACUAUGGCGGAAAUCGAGCAUUUUUGCGAUCCAAAUGACAAAAGUCAUUCCAAGUUUGAGACGAUCAAGAAUACAAGUAUGCUGUUGUACUCGGCUUGCAAUCAGAUGGACGGCAAAAGCGCUCAACGUGUUACCAUAGGAGAGGCUGUCUCAUCUGGGUUGGUGGCAAAUGAAACGUUGGGUUAUUUCAUGGCCAGAAUUUAUCAAUUUUUGCUGAAGGUCGGCAUUGAUUCAAACCGUUUACGUUUUCGUCAACAUAUGAGUAACGAAAUGGCGCAUUACGCUUGUGACUGUUGGGACGCUGAAUGCUUGACCUCUUAUGGGUGGAUAGAGUGCGUAGGUUGUGCUGACCGCUCCGCUUACGAUUUAACGCAGCAUACCAAAGCUACCGGUGUUAAAUUGGUAGCGGAAAAAAAAUUGCCUGCUCCAAAAACAGUGGACGUUUGCGAAAUUGUGCCGAAUAAAGUGUUGAUUGGCAAAACGUUUAAGAAGGAUAGCAAAGCUGUUCAAGAUGCGCUAGCGGCAUUAGGUGAAAAUGAAAUUGUAUCGUUGGAGCAAAUUCUUAAUGAGAAUGGAGAACAGGAGUUAGUACUGCCCAAUGAUACUGUUGUGAAGAUUACUAAGGAUAUGAUAGAAGUGAAGCGAUAUCAAAAAAUCGUUCAUGUAGAAGACAUUAUACCUUCGGUAAUUGAACCUUCCUUUGGCAUUGGUCGUAUCAUGUAUGCUCUGUUUGAGCACAACUUCCGGACGAGAGAAGGUGACGAGAAGAGGACAUAUUUUGCCUUGCCACCAAUAAUAGCACCAUUAAAGUGUUCAGUUUUACCGCUCAGUGGAAAUGAUGAGUUCGUGUCGUUUGUAAAGGAAUUAUCGGAAAAUCUUACCAAGGCAGAUGUUUCACAUAAAGUGGAUGAUUCUUCUGGCAGCAUAGGACGUAGAUAUGCUCGUACUGAUGAAAUAGCGAUACCAUUCGGUAUUACUAUUGAUUUCGACACCUUGAAGACGCCGCACAGUGCAACACUCAGGGACAGAGACAGCAUGGGACAAGUCCGGAUAAAUCUCGACGAACUGCCUGGUGUAGUAAGAGAUCUUUCAUAUGGAAGGACUACUUGGAUAGAAGUAGAGGCAAAAUAUCCCAAAUUUGAACAACAAGAAUCAACAGAACCGUAGAAAAUGCAGCUAAACCUAGGAAGAAAUUAUUUUUUCCCGUGUAAAAGUAUAUGAAUUGCAUAUACACUAAAAAAUUUUUCUACAUUUAGGAUUAAGGUACCUAUUAAUAAUUAUGUCAUUAAAUUUUGCAAUUGGAAGACAGUCAAUUCAAGUGAUUUGUUAAUGAUUAUGAUAAUUCUUAAUUUUUCUACAGAUUUUCGUAAUUAAUAUAUUUAUAUUUGUAUUUAAUACAAUUAUGUACAUGUACAGUACCGGCAUUAAUGGUGUCCGUCGCCAAUUGAGGGCGCGGAUCAAAGAACUCGCUCUGCGCUCGAAAUCGUGUAAAAGUGUUGUCCAAACGUCUCAGAGCAUAAAAAUUUUGAAAGUUGCAAAAUUAAUCUUUUUUAAAUAUAGGCUUGUAGAGAAUGACGAGACAAAACU